AUGAAAGCGGAAAAUGUUUCUGAAAAAAAGCAAAAGUUAUUAGAAGAGGAAUAAAGACUUAUAACUUUAGGUUAAGAAUUUUAUGCUCAAUAUGAUUUCGAAUCAAUAAAUUUUAUAACCUAUUUUAUACCACAUUACUUCGAAUAUUAUAUUAAUUCAUAGUAGAGAGAUAAAUAAGGAAAUUGGUUACCAUUAAAACUUGUAUCAAAUAGUCCAAUCAAAAAAAUGUUGGUUAGAUUUGAUUUAAAUUUAUUAUUUCCAGAAAGAAUUUGGGAAUUUACAAUGACACGUAUUUAUAUAUAAAAUAUUAAAAAGCAACUUUCUUAUAAUAACUAAGUCAAGAUUAAGGACUUUCUAAAAAUUUGCCAUAAAUUUUAUAUUUAAUGAAAUCGAUUUUAAAAGGUGAUUUUGAAAUUAAUCAUCAACAUUCAUAAGAGUUCUCUAAUUAACAUAUAUAUAGAUUUGCAAAGAUUGAAUUAUAUAGACAUACUUUACCACAUACAUAAAUUUAUCAGGUCUAUAAUUAAUUUAAUUCUUAUGAAGCUAUUAUUUUAUAAAUAAUUCCAAAAUAAAUAGAGAAUUAUAAUUCAAAAAGUAAAAAUUCUAAUUUAUGGUAUGUUGAUACUAUGGUAUUUAUCACUUAUAAUAAUAAUUAAAAGCAUAAUCAUCUUAAUGAUUAUUUAGAUGAAUAAUUAGAAGAUCCUUUUAUUUAAAAUGAUCUUUCUAUAAUAUAUGAAAUCAAACAAUCAAUUCAAUCAAAAGAUAGGAUUAUCAAUCAAAAUUUAAAUUUACCUAGAAAAUUCGUACUUUAUAAUUUUUAAGUUGAUUAAUAUGUAUUUCACAAAAAAUUUUAAAGGUGGAUCAAAUAAAUUUAUAUACAUAAUUAUUAAAUAAGAAUUUAAACAAAAACUUAAUUAUAAUCUUAAUUCCAUUUAUUGAAAAAAUACUUAUUCACUCCAAAUUUUGAAUAAUAUAAAAAUUUAUUAAAAAAUAUUAAGAAUGAAAAAUUUACAAUAAAUAUUGAAUAAUUUCAAGCUAUUUCUUAAGAAGGUGAUACAAUCUUAAUUGGAAGAAGUGGAACUGGUAAAACUACUAUAUCAUUAUUAAAAUUAUUUAUAACUGAUGCAAUAUUUAUGUUAAGAUAGAAUUUAGAUUAUUUUAAAGAAUGUAAUUCUAAAAUUAAUAUGUAAUAUAAUUAGUAAUUAUAAAAUGGAAUUUAAUUAAAAACAUUAUUUUUAACAUCUAGUCCUUUAUUAGCUUAAUAGAUUAAAUAGAAAUAUGAAAAUAUGGUUAAAAAUGUUGAAGAGAAUUUAAGAUAAAAGAAUAGAAUUUAAAAGAUUUCAGAAUAAGAAAAAUGCAAUUUAGAUGAUAGUACUGUAUAAAUUCUAGAUUUAUUGGGAGAGUAAGAUGAAAAUGAAAGUUAAUUUGAAAUAUAAGAUGAAGAUGAAGAAGAUGUUGAUUAAUUUGAAAAAGAGAUGGGAUAGUUUUAAACUAUUUAAGAUAUUAAAUAAUUUCCAGCAUUUCUUACUAUAAGAAAAUUAUUAUUUCUAUUAGAUUCUUAAUUAUAAAAUCCUUUUUUUAAAAAAACAGAAUAAAUACAUAGAUCAGCAUAAUGGCAUAAUGAAUAUUUUGGAGUUUUAUCUUUGAAUUAAAAUGUUACAAAUAAUUUAACAGAGAAGUUAGAUUCUGAAUUUAAUGAUCUAGACUCAAAAGAAAUAAUAUAUCACAAUAAUAAAAUGAAGGAAGUUACUUUGGAAUGUUUUAAAGAGUUUUUCUGGCCUAAAAUUAUUUAAGAAUUAACAUGGUAUUAAAAAUAAAGCAUUAGUUCAUUAGAUCCUAUUAUAAUUUGGUCAGAGAUCAUCACAAUUAUCAAAGGAAAUGAAACAUCCUAUCAAUAUCCAAACUUUCAUCUUAAUUUAAAAGAAUAUAUGAAAAGAUAUAAUUUUCAAAGUUAGUCAUAACCUAAUGAAGUUUUUUAAAUAUUUUUAAUAUAUGAGAAAUUAAAAUCACAAUAUGACUAUUAUGAUAUUCUUGAUUUAAUUAAUCAUAUAAAUUACUAAUAAGUAUAUUGUAAUGAUAUUAUUGAAUAUAUGCAUUAUAUUAUUCUUGAUGAACUAUAAGAUGUACCUAAAGCAUUAUUAAUUCUUCUAAAUAGAAUAACAUAAAUUUAGUUAUUUUUAGCUGGUGAUAAUGCUUAAAAUAUAGUAAAAGGUAUAGGGAUGAAAUUCUUAGAAAUAUAGAGUUGUCUUGAUCGAGAAAGAACUUGUAAUUAAUCAAUUAGAUAAAAUAUUGCUAAGACUACAUUAAUAAAAUUAUCAUAUAAUUUCAGAUCAAGCAAUUAAAUUUUAUAAUUAGGUAAUACAUUAAUCAAUUCAAUUGAAAUAUUAUUUCCAAAUUAACUUGAUUGUCUAUAAAAAGAGAAAUCAAAUUAAUAAGGACCUAAACCAACUAUUAUUUAGAGUUGUUAAAAUUAGGAUCUAUUAAAUUAUUUAUUAAAAUAAUAUAGAAAUAAAUAGAGUAAUGUAGAAUUUGGUUCUAAUUCUGUAAUUAUUGUAAAAGAUUAAGAUUCUAAAUUAAAAAUUCCAAUAGAAUUAUAGAAUGCAAUAAUUUUAACUAUUUAUGAAGCAAAGGGAUUAGAAUUUGAUGAUGUUAUUUUAUUUAACUUUUUCACUGAUAUAAAUGAAGAUGAUAAUAUAUGGAGCGAAUUCCAAUAAUUAGAAAUAAUCAAAAUAAAAAUGGAUAAACAUAAUUGGAGUACUAAAUGUAUAAUUAAUUAUUUUAUUUAGCUAAUUAAAACUUUUUUUUACAUCAUAAAAACAUUAAUGAAUAUGAAGUGGAAUUGACAAAGUUAUAAUUAAGAGAAAAACAUCAUAAUAACAAGUAAAAUAUAAUAAAAAAUCAAAAAAAAUCAAUCUUACAUUAUAACAUGAAUUGAAAUAACUUUAUGUAGCUAUAACUAGACCAAAAAAGAAAUUAAUUAUAUUUGAUUAAUCAUUAUAAAAUAGACUUCAUAUUCAGAAGAUUUGGCAAGAAUUAGAUUUAGUGGAAAUAAUUUAAGAAACUUAAUUAUAAUAAAUUUAAGUUUAAAAGUUUGUAUUAUCAUUUUCAAUAGAUAAUAAGUCUAAUUGGAAAAAAUAGGGAUAUAGAAUGCUUAGAUAGAAUAAUUAUGAAUAAGCUUAUAAAUGUUUUAUGCUUGCUACUGAAAUAGAAUUAGCAAAGAAAUGUAUGGCUUAUAAUUUAGCAACAUAAGCUACUCUUAAUUAAAAUAAUAUUUCAUUAUUUAAUUAAGCAGCAUAAAUCUUUGAAGAAAUAAAUCUACUGAAAAGAGCAGCUUCUUGUUAUUUCUCUGCAAAAAGUUAUUAGAAGGCAAUGAUAUUAUAUUAAUAAUUAAAUUGCAAAAAUGAAAUGGCUGAAUCAGCUUAUUUUUUAGGAUAAUAUUAGCUAGCUGGUCAACUAUUCUCAGAAUUGGGUGAUAUAAGAAGAUCUAUUGAAUGUUUUAAUAAACAAAGACUCUGGGAUGCUUCUUUAGAUUAAUUAAAUAAAGAAUAAUUCUCUAUUGAAGAAAAAUUAAUGUUCUUAAGUAUGAUAAUUCCAAAAUAUUUCAAAUCAAUAAUAGAGGAUAUUGAAAAGUAAGAGUAAUUAGAAUAACAAUAAGAAGAACUUAAUAAUCAUAACAGUUAAUCAGAAUGCUUUUAAGUUAAUGAAAGUUAAAUUAGAUAAUAAAAUAAUAAGUAAAUAAUUAAUAUUGAUGAUGAUUCUUAAUCUUUUCAAGUAGUAUUAGAUGAAUCACUAGAUCAUUUAUCUUUUUAUGAUCCAGAUGAUGAAUGGAUUAAAAUUGAUAAUAAAUCUUUAAUUAAAUUUAUUGCUACUUCUAGUAUAGAAUCAUAAUUUUCAAAUGUUUUAUUGAUGAAUCAACCUUUAAAUACUCCACUUCUUAAAUCUAGAUCAAACAUUUUUAUAAAAAAUAAUGUAAUGGUUCAAAUAUGUGAAAGAUUUAAAUAGUUUUAGAAUGAAUUUAAACUUCUAUUAGAAAAAUAAAAAAGUUAAAGUGUAUUAUUGUCAUUUAGAAAAUAAGAAGAAAAAGAAAUGGAUCAUAUGAUUAAUUUUUUAUAUGAUUUAGAGAAAUAUGAUAUAGAAUGUGUUUAUUUUGUAUUGGAUAUAUUAGAGCAUUUUAAAAAUUAUAAACUUUGUAUUUAUGUUUGCAAUCAAUUCAAAUUAUCUUCACAUUUAGGUAGAUAUUUAAUUUCUUUGGCAUCUUAAUAUACUCCUAUAAAUAAAAAUAAAUUUAAAUUAGAAAAUUGGAUAAUUGGUAACAAUUUAAAAAGAAAACGUUUAUUAGAUCAAUCAAUUUUAGCUUAAUUAACAUUCAAUAAUAUUUUAGAAUCAAUCAAUCCAAUUUAUUUAUAAUUUAAAAAUGAAGAUAUACUUCAUUCUUCUAAUAGUUUUGGAAUUGAAUCUUAUAAAUCAUUGAUAGGAUUAGGUUAUUGGAGAACUAUAAUUUAUUAAUUGAAUUAUUUAAAUGCUAUUAAAUUAUGUUAAUCUUUUAACAACUAUUAUGAUUUAAUAAAUCUUAUUCAAAAAAUUAAAGAAUAAAGAGAAACUAAAUAGUUGACAGAUGAAGAACAUUAUUAAUUAAUUAAAUAUAACUAUUUUAUUUAAAUGGAAUAAUGUUUCUUAUCAAAUUCCUCUAAUAAAUAUAAUAUAAAUAUUGAUGAAUCAUUCGAAAUUACUAUUUAAUGUGCUUCCUAAAGAAAAUUGACAAACAAAAAUCUAAUAUAAUUAAUUAAUAAUUCAAAACUAUAUUAAUAAAAUUUAUCAAAUAAAGAGAAGCUCAAAUAAAUAGAAUCUAUAAUUUUAUGUAUGUUAUGUUGUAUGGGAAUAUUAAAGUUUGAAAUAGAUUCCUAUUCCUUAAUUAUUGAUUUAGUUUUUCAAUAAUAAUAUUGUAUAAAUCAAUUACCUUUUGCUCAUAACAAAAAUAAUAUAAUUGAAGCACUCUAAUUCUUAUUCAAAUUCUCUUUUCCCAUAGGAGAUAUAAUGAUUGAUUUUUCUUAAUUUUGCAUUAUUCAUAUCACAUCUAAUCUAAUUAGUAAUGUAAAUGAAUAAAUGAUGUUUAUAGAUAUAGCUUAUGAAUAUAUCUUAAUACCUUUUGAUACUUUAGGUAAACUAUUUAAAUAAUAUUUUUGCAAUUUCAAAUCAAUUGUAACAUUAUCAUAAACAAUUUAAAUUUAGGAAGAUUAGCAAGAAAUGAAAAAUAUCUUUAAUAGUUUAAAAUAAAGGUUAAAAUAUUAAUAUGAGAAUAUCCUUCCACAUUUAACAAUGAAUUAAAAAGAUUAAAUAGAUUAUUAUUCAAAACUUAUAUAUGGGAUUAAAUAAAAAAAUCCUGUAAAUACAGUUGAUGAUCAUGAAACAUCCAUUUUGCAUUUUACUAAAAAUGAUGAAAUGAGAAUUUUUCAUAAAUGGCUAUUAUAGACAAAUAUCAGAUUCAAUAUAAUGGAUUAAUAAAUUAAAUAUCAUUUAAAAAAUGAAUGCAUCAUAUUAUUUGAAUAAGGAUUAAAUAAUGAAAAAUAAAAACAUGGCUUUUAUAUUUUAGCAUUAAAUAUGUUACAUUUAUAAGAUAAUAUCCCAUUUGCAAUAUUUACUUUACUUAAUAUGAAAGAAAAGGAAGAAUCAGAGUAUUAUUUAAAAUAUUUAGAAUUUUUAGAGUGUUAACAUUAUGAUAUUAUUGAAGAUUCAUAUGACUGCUUUAUUAAUUAUAGUUAAUAUUUUGAAGAUAAAAUAUAUUUAGAUGAAUGGAUGAAUCAUUUAAUCAGAAUUGGCAUAAAGUUACUUUUGGCUUAAGAAGGAAUAAUGUAAAUCUAAAUUCCAUAAAAAUAUUAAGAUAUUAUAUCAUAUAAAUAAAAGUUUGAUUAACCUCUAUUUAAAAUAACUAAAACUGAUAUCAUCUUAGAUUUUAUAGAAUAAAUAUUUUAUUAUAUAGAUACAUGUAAUUCUGAGUAUUAUGAAUAUCUAUCUAAUUUAUUUUUAAUAGUCUUUAUGAUAAAUUUAUAGAACAUCACUUAUGAAAUAAAAGAGAGGUUAUGCUAAUCUUUUUCUAAUGAUUCUACAUAUCCAUAUUAUAAAAAUUACAUUAAUGUGUGAAUCAAAAUAAUCUAAAUUUAUAAUCAGAUUUAAUUCAUAAAAUUGAUGUAUUAUUUAUCAAAGGAUAUUUUGAAGAAAAAUUAAUUACUUUAUAAAUUAAUUAAUAAGUCUUCAAUCAAAACACUUAAGUAAUUUACUAAAAUUGUUUAAACAAAUGGGAUGGUUACUUUAUAGAAGCAGAACAAAUUAAAAAGAAUGGGAUUAAUUUAUUAAAGAAAUGGAGAUAAUUUAAAUCUCAACAUAAAAUUACAUAAAAAUUAUAAAAUAAAUAAAAUCCUUAAGUUCUAAGAUUUUAUCAAUUCCAUAAAGUAUAAUUUAAGGAUAUUUAAUCAUAAUAUAAAGACAUUUAAUAUGAGAGUCUGAUAAUCAAUAUUUAUAAUUUUUAAAAGUAUUUAUAUUAUAUAUAAUUAGGGAACUUUUGAAAUUGAGAUAAAAUACUUUAAAAGGAGCAGAUCUUUAAUUUGUCAAUUAAAUUUUAAACAAUUCAACAAAUAUACUAAAAGAAAUAAAGAAUGGUAAUAUAUAAUAGGAAUCUUUUGAUGAAUUAAAAUUAUAAUAUUAAAGUUGGAGAGAUAAUAUAAAUAAUUUUGAAUAAAAUGAAUAAGAACUAUUAGAAAGAAAUAGAUAAAUUCUUAAAUUGAAAUGGUAGAAAGUAUAAGCAGGAGUCAAAGUACAAUGUAAAUUUGAUUCUCAACUCAUUUAACCAGUAUAGGAAUAUUUAGAUGAAGACUCUUAAGAUUGA